UUCGUCUGCAAGUGAGGAGCCUUUCAUCGCUGAGGAAAAUAAAGACCUUGCCUCUUAUCUUACCUACUUUCCAGUGUUCAAAUGGAGAUGGAUGAAGACAAGUCACUUCAACAGGUGGACUUAAACAAAAUAAGUGAGGAUUCAAUGUCACCCGACAUGAAUUUAGAAGCCGCAUUGAAGGAAUGCUCCACUGCGCUCAACCUUUUUCUGAACAACCGCUUCUCUGAUGCUUUGGGUCUCUUAAAACCCUGGAAGAGUCUGAGUACGUACCACGCAAUGGGCUACAGCAGCAUCUUGGUGAUGCAGGCCGGCAUGACCUUUGAACCAAAGGACAUGGAUGCUGCCAUGGCAUCACUGGGCGAAUCCCUGCAGACCUGCCAAAGAUUUCGGAAGAAAACUGGGAUCCUGGAGACUUUAACCAACCUGUGGAGCAGGCAACCAGCUGACAACCUGACAGAAGAGGAGAUGCAUGCAGAGCUGUGCUAUGCUGAAAUCCUGCUGCAGAAAGCCUUUCUCACAUUCCUUGACGAGUCGAUAAUUGGUUUCAUCAAAGGAGGCAUGAGAAUCCGAAACAGUUAUCAGAUUUUCAAGGAUUGCCAGGCCCUGGCUAAUGUCACAAAAGACAUGGAGAAGCAGAAGAGCAUGUACAUACAUUUUAAGGGCGGUGUCAACAUGGGCAUUGGAUCAUUUAAUCUGAUGUUAUCGCUGCUCCCAUCCAAAGUCCUCAGGCUGAUGGAGUUUUUGGGCUUCUCAGGAGACCGGGAAACAGGUUUGUCGGAGCUAAGGGAGGGAGCAGCCGGCAACAGCCUGCGCUCUAUCCUCAGCACCCUGACGCUGCUGAUGUUUCAUCUCUACAUCACUGUGAUUCUGGGUACUGGUGAAGGAAACCUGACUGAGUGUGAAGCCCUGCUGGAGCCCUACGUGGAAAAGUUCCCCAAUGGAGCUCUUAUUCUUUUCUACACCGCGAGAAUUGCUUUGCUCAAAGGAAACUUCACUUUUGCACAGGAAAGGUUCCUGGCAUGCAUUGCAGCACAGGAAGAGUGGCGGCAGAUUCACCACCUGUGUUACUGGGAGCUGAUGUGGGCCUACUCAUUCGAACAGAACUGGAGGGAGGCGUAUCGGUACGCUGACCUGCUCUGCAAAGAGAGCAAGUGGUCCCAGGCCACCUAUACAUUUCAGAAAGCCGCCAUCCUCAGCAUGCUGCCAGAGGAAGAAGUGAUCGAACUUGGAGAAAAUGUGGGAGAGAUAUUCAGGCAGGUGGAGGGCCUCAGGCUGAGGAUUGCUGGGAAGUCGAUCCCGACAGAGAAGUUUGCAGCGAGCAAGGCCCAGCGAUACUCUUCUACUGCCCCAGUGAAACUAGUUGUGCCUGCUCUGGAAAUGAUGUACGUGUGGAACGGUUUCUCAGUGGUUGGCAAAAGACCAGAGUUGACUAAAAGCAUCUUGACCACUUUGGAGAAAGCAGAGGAGCAGCUCAAAGACGAUCAAAAUCCAUCGGUGUAUCACGUGGAUGACCAGUGUGUUGUUCAGCUGCUGAAGGGACUUUGUCUGAGACAGAUGGGGCAUCUGGAGCAGGCUGAGCUCUGCUUCAAUCACGUCAUUUCCAGUGAAAACGACAUCAAGCACGACAACUAUCUGGUGCCAUUUUCCAUGUAUGAGCUCGGCCUGUUGCACAAGCAGAAGGGUGACUUCAACACAGCCAUCACAACGAUGGAGAGUAUCAAGACGAACCACAAAGACUACAGCAUGGAGUCGAGGCUACACUUCCGCAUCCACGCGGCGCUCAACACCAUGGGCUCUUUUUCAGCCAAGUUUCCUCCUUCCCGCACGCCGGCUUAACAGACUUCACUGCAGGACGCUCAAGAGAACUAAGAUCAAGUCUCAACCCUGAUAGCUUGAAAUCUCGUUGAUGGCCAUCUCACUGUCAAUGGCUUGAUAUUUACAGAAAAUACAGUUACAAACCUGUGCAGGUUUUGUAUUUUUUAGUUAGUAUUUGAAUUGAAUCGAGCGCUUGAAGGGCAAUCAGUAAACAAAAAAAACUAUUGCCCUUCAAAGUCUCUAAUAAUGUAAUUUAUAAUUAGAGAAAAUGUCACUUGUCUUGUUUUAUUUAUGACAUUAAGCGUGUUUUAAGGAUUUUGAUGUUUUUGUAAACCUUACGCUCUGGUACAAUUCAGCCAUUUUCUACUGCUAACAAUCUCCUUGUAAAUAACAGUUGAAUCUUUUUUUCUGCGCAGUAUGAAUAUACCUGCUGUUAAAUUAUCUAAAUUAAGCUUAUGAAUUAAUGAAUGUACUAUAUUUAAUGUUGGCAAAAAAUGUAAGCAAAUGUUGUGUAUACCAAGUUUUGACAGAUUGGAUCAAUGAACUCUGAUCAAAUGAAUCACAAGAUACAAAAUAAAUAGUGUGUACUUCUUUGUCCAUAUAAGGAGAAUGAGUUGGUAACUAUGCUUUCUUGUUUUUAUGGAAACUCCAUGUUUCCAUUUCCAAUUCUGUCCUCCCCAGUUUCUCCCAAAGUUUCCUGCACAUUGUUCUUUUUGCAAUUUGACGAUGCACCAUAUAAAACCUUAAUAAUAAAAGCCAGGUGGAACAAUGGGCAUAGAGGAUUUCAGCCUGUCCCCAGUGUCAUAUACAAUGAAAUAUGAUCAUUUGAAUCCUUCAGAAAUGUUUGAUCACAAUUAUAGUUUUACUUUAUUUCCAAUGCUACUACAUUUCACCAGAAAUUAAAAUUGUUUGUAAAAUUCCCAA